AUGGCUAUGAAAAGGAGAAGGAAGGAAGGCAUGCCAGAGGUGUGUGGAUAUGGCAUUGAUAGCACUCAUGCACAGGAGCUGAAGGACAGGGAGGAAAAGAGAACUCCAAGCCUGUGGGCUGAGACCCUGCUCCUCCAAGACGGUGGCAACAUUAACCAAGACAGGACCAGAUGUCCCCCACACUUCGGGCCCCUGGAGGACACAGGCGGGCUUUGUGCCCGGCUCACGCCAGCAGCCUUCACCUCCUCUUACUUGGGCUCCUGGACAAAAAAGGAAACUAAGCAGAAGAUCGUGGCAAGUUCCGACUGGAGACAUGAUGGCAAGGUAGGUCCUGAACACUGGGACAAGCUGUACCCCAUUGCAGAUGGAAAUAACCUAUCUCCUAUCGACAUUAAAACCAGUAAUACCAAACAUGAUACCUCUCUUAAACUUAUCAGUGUCACCUACAACCCAGCCACAGCCAAAGAGAUGAUCAACGUGGGACAUUCCUUCCAUGUAACCUUCAAGGACAAUGAUAACCAAUCAGUGCUGAAGGGUGGUCCUCUCCCUGAAAGCUGCCUCAGUCAGUUCCAUUUUCACUGGGGCAGCACAAAUGACUAUGGUCCUGAACACACAGUGGAUGGAGUCAAAUAUUCCCGAGAGCUUCACAUAGUUCACUGGAAUUCUGCAAAGUACUCCAGCCAGACUAAAGCUGCCUCACAGCCUGAUGGUUUGGUGAUUAUUGGUCUGGCACAGGUCCGCAGUCUUCUGUCGAAUGUUGAAGGUGAUAUAGCUGUGCCCAUUCAGCGCACGGACCGAUCACCCCAGCCUCUGAAGGGCAGAACAGUGACAGCUCCAUUCUGA